CUCCCAUCUCCAAAUUCCAUUCUCCAUUUGCAUCGUUAGCUGAAUCAAGCCAAAUCAGCUGAAGAAAUGGGUGUUCACGAUCUCCAAUUGGAGAAAGCUCGAUUUCUAAGCUUGGCUCUCGAAUGCGGCUUCGACGAACAAUCGGCCGAGAAAUGCUUAGAUCGGUUGAUUUCUCUCUACGGCGAUGAUGGCCAAGAUUUUGUCACUGUGGAGUGCUGUGGUGAUGAAUUUCUUGCGGCACUAGCUGAAUCUAUGCAAGAUAGUGAGGAUUGGGAUGAUGAUUUGCAAGUCAUAGAAUCAGAAGCUUGUGGAGCUUUAAGUAAUAUAUUUGAGAAAAAUGAUACUAACAAUUUGGAGGCUGAUAAUAAUAACAAUGCAAGAGGAUAUAUUAAUGUUAUAGACCAUUCUCCUGAAACUAAAAAGCAACAGAGUUGGAUGGAGUUGGAUUCCUCUAGUGAUGGUGAAGAUCCAAACUUUUGUAUCGCAAAGGGAAAGGAUUCUGCGUCUACCGCCUCGAGCAAGCAUUUGUCGAUGUCUAUGGAUUGUAAGAGCAGUGUCACUCAAGGUUCAGUUACAUCAAUUUGCAAUAAGAAGCAACACCCACACACACAAAAAGAUGGACCUCGGAUUCUCUGUUAUGAAGAAUUGCAGGCUUUGGAUGACUUUGAACUAGCAAAUGUUGUUAUAUUUGGCAACAAGAAUUUUCGUCCACUGCAACAUCAGGCUUGUAAAGCAUCUGUGGCAAAGCAAGAUUGUUUUGUUCUCAUGCCUACUGGAGGUGGUAAAAGCCUAUGUUACCAGCUUCCAGCAACUCUAAAGCCCGGUGUUACAGUGGUUGUGUCUCCCCUUCUUUCCCUCAUUCAGGAUCAGAUUAUUACACUGAACCUCAAAUUUGGAAUACCAGCAACUUUUUUGAAUUCCCAACAAACUGCUUCCAAAGCUGCAGCUGUCCUUCAAGAGCUAAGGAAAGACAAACCAUCAUGUAAGCUCUUAUACGUGACUCCUGAAAGGAUUGUUGGAAACUUUGCAUUUCUUGAAAUACUAAUAUGCCUGCAUCGAAAGGGACAACUAGCUGGUUUUGUUGUUGAUGAAGCACACUGUGUGAGCCAGUGGGGACAUGAUUUCCGUCCAGAUUAUAGGGGAUUGGGGUGUCUUAAGCAGAAAUUUCCAGAUGUUCCACUGGUGGCUUUGACAGCCACGGCAACCCAGUCAGUUCGUGAGGACAUUUUAAAAGCUUUAAGAAUUCCAAAUGCUCUCAUACUUGAGACAAGCUUUGAUAGACCUAAUUUAAAGUAUGAAGUGAUUGGAAAGACCAAGGAAUCAUUAAAGCAACUUGGACAGCUUCUUAAAGAUCGUUUCAAGAAUCAAUGUGGAAUAGUAUACUGCCUUUCAAAAAAUGAAUGUGUUGAGGUUUCAAAUUUUUUGAAUGAAAAAUGUAAGAUUAAGACGGUAUAUUAUCAUGCUGGUCUGGCAGCUCGCCAAAGAGUUGAAGUUCAGAGGAAGUGGCGUAUGGGUGAAGCACACAUUGUAUGUGCUACCAUUGCUUUCGGGAUGGGAAUUGAUAAACCAGAUGUUCGCUUUGUUAUCCACAAUACAAUGUCCAAAUCAAUUGAAAGCUACUAUCAAGAAUCUGGAAGGGCUGGAAGAGAUAAUCUCCCUGCUGUGUGCAUUGCUCUAUACCAGAAGAAGGACUUCAGUCGAGUUGUAUGCAUGUUAAGGAGUGGACAAGGAUGUAAAGGGGAAAACUUUAAGACAGCAAUGGCUCAAGCUCAGAAGAUGAAACACUACUGUGAACUUAAGGCUGAAUGUCGAAGACAAGCCUUGCUUGAACACUUUGGAGAGUCUUUUGACCGAAAAGACUGCAAAUAUGGUUCUAAUCCAUGUGAUAACUGUCUCAGGACUUCCAUAUGAGUCUACACAUGCUGUUUUCAUUUGUAACUGGGAAAAUGUUCAACUUAGUUACUGUAGGUGGCCACAUUCUUCUUCUUUUGUGUGCAUUUGCACAUGCGUGGGGCUCCAUAACAUUUUACAUGAUGAAUGCUUACAACUUAGAUGACGUUUUUAAAGGAUGAAGAUGUGUAUAUUGUGUUUUGCCCAAGUCCUACUCGAAAGAGGAACCAAAGCCUACCUGGUCAUUAUCAACUAA